AUGUCGGCAAGCCUCUGGUACGCUUAUAAUCUGGUACCACCAGGGACGCAGCCUAGUCAGCCAUCGCUCGCACAGCAGCUCUACGACUACGUCCUGACCAACCAUAUGAACGUCCCCUGGGUCCAUCACUGCAUCGAUGGGCAGAGUACCGCGACGCAGGCAGCAUACCGGGCGAUGCUCGACAACGUGAGCAACCAUUUCAACUUCUCCGUCCGAUUCUCGACGGUUGCAGUAGACGCGCACCGCAGGAUCGUCAACAUCCUCAUCCGUGAGGCUCGGGAUCUGCAGCGCGGCAAAGCCGGCAACCCAUUCAACCACCACAAGGAGUCCAAGGGACACCAUCAGUACCAGCGCCACAGGAGCAUCCAGGGUAGCAUUCACAUGGAGCGCCGCUUGGACUCCAAGGGACAUCAUCACAAGUACCGGCGCCACAGGGACCUGAUUCGUCAUCCUUCAUACCAGCACGACAGGGACUCAACGCAUCAUCGUCACCAGCAGCCGCGCAAGGUAUCCAAGGGAUGGCAUCACAGCCGGCGCCACAGGGGCCUCAAGCGUGAUCCUUCAUACCAGCACGACAGGGACUCAGUGCAUCAUCGUCGCCAGCAGCUGCGCAAGGUGUUCAAGGGAUGCCAUCACUACAAGCGCCUGAGGGGCUUCAAGGGCAAUCCGCAGUAUCAGCGCCUCAGCGCCAGCAAGCAUGAUGCUCCGUAUUACAGAAUGCAGAUCGGCACCCCGCGCGCGAAGAUCGUCAGAUCCAUAAAGGCAAUGGAGACCGCCGCUCGCGAAGCCGCUCACGCGAUGAUCCAUUCAGGGUUGUUGUGGCUGGUCACAGUUUCGAAGGAGGUCGUGCGAGAUUCCGAGCGCGAAGCGCCGGUCAAUGAAACCACCGAGGAAGAGUACGACAUCGAAGAUGCAGAUCUCUCAGAGUUCCUCCGGCUUCGACAUGAUUUGGAAAACACUGGUCAAGCGGCAGACCACCUGGAUGGAGGCGACUCGUACCACUAG